AUGAUUUUUGAGGUUAUUUUUAAAAGUGAGGAGGAAACUGUGCGACUUACGUGCCCAAUAUGUGAUGGUAUUGGCCUGGGCUGCGGCGCCUAUUCCGUCGUUAGAAUAUUGCAAGCGUCGAUCAACAGCAGAUACAACGUCAAAGAUUCAUUCGAGUUCUGCGAAUUUAUCAAUGAAGUUGUAUUACCUCCAGAUCACGUUCUUGUUUCGUUCGACGUCGUCUCUUUGUUCACGUGCAUUCCCAGGGACCUCGUUCUAAGCAACAUUAUCAACAACUGGGAUGCAAUCAAGAAGAACACCAACAUCAACUUAGACAUGUUUCUCGAAAUCAUCAACUUUUGCAUGAGUUGCAGCUAUUUUAGGUUCAAAAAUAAAUACUAUCAACAGACAUACGGCACGGCGAUGGGCAAUCCUGUGUCCAGCCCGAUAGCCGAUUUCGUCAUGGAAUCACUGCUGGACAGCGUGACACGGACACUUGAUUUCCAGAUACCGAUCCUAAGGAAAUACGUCGACGAUCUACUACUAGCGCUGCCACACGAACAAGUUGAGAAGGUAAGAGAAAAGUUUAAUCAGUACCACCCAAAAAUCCAAUUUACGGUUGAAAUCGAAUCGAAUCGUCGCCUUCCGUAUUUGGACUUGGUACUGAUUAGACAAUCCGACCAAUCUAUAAAAACCGAGUGGUAUCAGAAAUCGAUAGCGUCGGGACGUUUUCUGAAUUUCCGAUCAGCCCACAACACACGCCUCAAAAUCAACACGGCAUUAAAUUUUAUUAAACGAGUGAAAACCUUCUCAACAAACGUUCCCCCCGACGAUGCAAUCAAGUUGAUUCACGAGAACCUUAGGAAAAAUGAUUAUCCAACGUCCCUGAUCAAUAGAUUAAUCCGUAAAGCAAACGAAACCGACAUCCCCCUCCAAAGCACACAAGAAACACCCACACAACACUACCGAUCCAUAUUGCAUAUCGACGGCCUAACUGCAAAUGUAGUCCGUGCGCUUAGGACGGAUUACCCGCAUGUACGCAUCGGCACCACACAACAGCACACAAUACGCAGCCUACUGCCAGUGGUGAAAGAUCCGAUGCUACCGAUCGAUCGCUCCAAUGUGGUUUACAAUAUACCAUGUGCGGGCGCACCCGAACGUAAUGAAGAGUGCAAUAAACGAUAUGUAGGACAAACUAGUUACAAGUUACGUACUAGAAUGUCCAAACAUAAAUGCGAUGUGAACAAACUAAAACGCAUCAUAGCCACGGGGUCCACAGCAUCAGACCCGAGCAUAAAAGAACUGCGACAAUCAGCCGUCGUAGACCACUGUUUCGACCAGGGACACAUGUUCGAUUUUGAUAAGGCCACCGUUCUCGACAGCUCGAACAAACACCGCAAGCACCUAGAGGUACUCGAGAUGUGCUAUAUUCAAAGCACUCCGAGUACUGUCAACAUCCAGAGCGACACCGAUGGACGAGCAAUUUCAUACGGCGGAGUGUUCCACACACUAUCGAAAACAACUCACAAGCACUCAUCGGCGCCGAUUUCUGGCUACAAUAGAAACGCAAUGCAAACCCAAACAACAACAAACAGUGAGUGGAGUGAACCAAGUUUUGCCACGGACGGUUUUCUAACGACGGAAUAGGCGCCGCAGCCCAGGCCAAUACCAUCACAUAUUGGGCACCCAGAAUAUCGACGAUCGAUGAACGCUAUAGGAGCAGAUCUGUUUUGGACGAUAACACUUAUGUCCGAGUAAGUGAUUAAUGAUAAAUUGUUAAUCAUUAGAAAUAUGUUUUAUGCUUUCCUAUUCAAUUUUAGUUCCUUGAAAAAGAAUACAUAGUAUUUGAAACGUUGGA